GUUUUAAAGUUACCAGUCUUUCUACGAUAUUCGUGAAAGUCGCAACAGCUUAGAAAUAAUGUAUUUCUUCAACGGAUUUAUUAUACCCGUAGUGCGAUACCAUAAAACCAAUAGUGCUUUAUUGAAAACUAUUUUACCGAGCAUAAAUCAAUUGUGUUCAGUACAUGUACGAAAUUUAAAAAAUAUUAAAGUAGACGUGGUCUCGAAUAAGAGCGAAUCCGCCGCUAUGUUUAAUUCGAAAGAUAUUAUUACUAUUUCCACAAAAAAUGGUCCUUUAAAAUUUCCAAGUGUGUGGCUUCGGGACAAUUGCCAGUGCCCUAAUUGUUUUCAUCAAGAGUCACAAUCUCGCACGAUUGAUUGGGGUCAUUUUGAUUUUAAUACAAUACCUUUAGCAGUUGAAUUAAAGGAGACUGAUUUAAGCAUCGAGUGGUCGGACAAUCACAAGAGCACUUACUCUCUUUCAUGGCUCAUUGAAAGAUCAUUUACGAAGGAAAAACGUACACGUUAUAGAAAGGACUGUUAUAGAUUCAACAGAGUAGUAUGGAACGCGGAAGAUUUUAAAAAAUGUUUAAAAACUUUUGAUUACAAUGAUGUCAUGACAGAUAAUAACACAUUGCUAUUGUGGCUGAACGCUUUAACAACGUAUGGUGUUUCAAUUAUUACUGGUACACCGGAUGAUAUAGAGAGCAGUAAAAAAUUGGGACACCGUGUCGCCUUUAUUAGAGAAACACAUUACGGAGAACGCUUUAUCGUGAAAGCUAGACGCGUCACAACGAACGUGGCCUAUUUAGCUGCUCCAUUGCAGCUGCAUACAGAUUUACCAUAUUACGAUUACACGCCAGGGGUAAUCUUAUUACACUGCCUAGUUCAAACUCCAAGUAUUGGUGGAGAAACUCAGCUUACGGAUUGUCUUUAUGUGGCUGAGUAUUUGAAAAAGAAUGAUCCUGAAACCUAUAAAGUAUUGACAACGACAUAUGUGGAUUGGAAUGAUAUCGGUCAAGAAGAUGGAAAUCACUUUCAUAGUAUUAAUCGUGCGCCAGUAUUAUGCGAGGAUGAUUUUGGAGAUAUUGUUGAAGUAAACUUUAGUCAACCACAACGGGAUAGUCACUUUAAUGUACCUUUGGAACAAGCUGUAGAAUGGUACAAGGCUAUGAGUAUAUUCACAAGACUUUUAUACAGCAAAGAAAACACAGUGUUUUUCAAAAUGAAUGAAGGCGAGAUAUUAACUUUUGAUAAUAGACGGUUAGUUCACGGAAGAACGGGAUACGACGAUGACAAUGAUAAGAAAAGAAGAAUCAUUGGAUGCUAUUUAGAUUGGGAUGAAAUUUAUUCUAAAAUACGAGUUCUCAGAAAAGGAGUGUGAUGUAAAUUAUAAUUCAGACAUAUGAUUUAUGUUAUAUUGUUACACAUUAAGUUCAAGGUAAUUAGAAAUAACAAUCUUACAUAUUAUGUUUUCAUGUUGUGUAACAUUGCUUACUUCAUAUAAUAAAUGAAGUUAAUGAAAAUUGAGAAA